AUGAAUAAUAAAAUUAUGAAACAAAAGACCUUUAUCUUUCAAUAUGACCCCCAUUUCUCUCCUAAGCAAAUGUUUGGUGAAUUUAAGGAAGCGAUUAAUGGUAAAAAGUAUAUUCAACCAGAAAAUAUAAUGGUGUCUAAUGAUUUAUCAACUAUUCACCGCAUAAUUAGCAAAGCCCGUUUAAAAGUUUUUGCUUAUUGUCAAGUUUUAGCCAAUUGUGGGAUUAUUGAACUUAAAGAACAAGGCAAAGAGACUAAGCCAAUAGUGCUUUAUGAGCAAAUUGUUUUGGAUUUUCCGGUAAGCAAGGAAACUUUGGCAAGGAGAAAAAGUGUCGGUUUGUCAAUUCAACCUUAA